CAAAGACCUCCCAGCAGAAGCGGAGAGGAGUUUCUGUGGGACAGGCUGUUCCUGACAAAAGGAUGUCACUGCUGAGCCUACCCUGGCUGGGCCUGGGACCGGUGACAACGUCCCCAGGGCUGCUCCUGAUGCUGGUUGCAGGCUCCUGGCUCCUCGCCCGCGUCCUGGCCUGGACCUACGCCUUCUAUGACAACUGCCGCCGGCUCCAGUGUUUCCCGCAGCCCCCAAAACAGAACUGGUUUUGGGGCCACCUGGGCCUGAUCACUCCUACAGAGGAGGGCUUGAAGAACUUGACCCAGCUGUCGGCCACCUAUUCCCAGGGGUUUACGAUAUGGAUGGGUCCCAUCAUCCCCUUCAUCGUUUUAUGCCACCCUGACACCAUCCGGUCUAUCACCAAUGCCUCAGCUGCCAUUGCACCCAAGGAUGAUCUCUUCAUCAGGUUUCUGAAGCCCUGGCUGGGUGAGUACCUGCACAUGAAAGGGGUUGGGGACGACCUUGGGCAGGGGUGGGGAAGGUGCUGCUCUUGCCCACUGUCCUUGGUUGCCCUACUAGGAGAAGGGAUACUGCUGAGUGGCGGUGACAAAUGGAGCCACCACCGUCGGAUGCUGACGCCCGCCUUCCAUUUCAACAUCCUGAAGCCCUAUAUAAAGAUCUUCAACAAGAGUGCGACCAUCAUGCUUGACAAGUGGCAGCACCUGGCCUCAGAGGGCAGCAGUCGUCUGGACAUGUUUGAGCACAUCAGCCUGAUGACCUUGGACAGUCUGCAGAAAUGCAUCUUCAGCUUUGACAGCCAUUGUCAGGAGAGGCCCAGUGAAUAUAUUGCCACCAUCUUGGAGCUCAGUGCCCUUGUAGAGAAAAGAAGCCAGCGUAUCUUCCAGCACAUGGACUUUCUGUAUUACCUCACCCAAGACGGGCAGCGCUUCCGCAGGGCCUGCCGCCUGGUGCAUGACUUCACAGAUGCUGUCAUCCAGGAGCGGCGCCGCACCCUCCCUACUCAGGGUAUUGAUGAUUUCCUCAAGGACAAAGCCAAGUCCAAGACUCUGGAUUUCAUUGAUGUGCUUCUGCUGAGCAAGGAUGAAGAUGGGAAGGCGUUGGCAAAUGAGGAUAUAAGAGCAGAGGCUGACACCUUCAUGUUUGCAGGCCAUGACACCACGGCCAGUGGUCUCUCCUGGGUCCUGUACAACCUUGCGAGGCACCCAGAAUACCAGGAGCGCUGCCGACAGGAGGUGCAAGAGCUUCUGAAGGACCGCGAUCCUAAAGAGAUUGAAUGGGACGACCUGGCCCAGCUGCCCUUCCUGACCAUGUGCGUGAAGGAGAGCCUGCGGUUACAUCCCCCAGCUCCCUUCAUCUCCCGACACUGCACACAGGACAUUGUUCUUCCAGAUGGCCGAGUCAUCCCAAAAGGCAUUAUCUGCGUCAUCAAUAUUAUAGGGGUCCAUCACAACCCAACCGUGUGGCCGGAUCCUGAGGUCUAUGACCCCUUCCGCUUCGACCCAGAGAACAGCAAGGAGAGGUCACCUCUGGCUUUUAUUCCCUUCUCUGCAGGGCCCAGGAACUGCAUCGGGCAGGCGUUCGCCAUGGCAGAGAUGAAAACAGUCCUGGCACUGAUGCUGCUGCACUUCCGGUUCCUGCCGGAUCACACUGAGCCCCGCCGGAAGCCGGAGUUGAUCUUGCGCGCUGAGGGCGGGCUUUGGCUGCGGGUGGAGCCCUUGAACGCAGGCUUGCAGUGACCAUCUGACCCAUCCACCUUAUUUUGCAGAUUCUCGUGAAUAAAACGGUGCUGUCA